AUGCCACCAAAACUGCAAGUGAACGCGCUCUCGCGCGCGCUCGUGCGCACCCCCCUCCCGACCCCCGUUCCCCAGCGUCGACAGCUCCACCUCGCCUCGGCCUCGUCUUCGGCCGGACCCUCUGGACCCAGCUCAAGCCGCCCACUCGCGCGGCGCCGCUCCGAGCCGACUCUCCAGAAGAGGGCCUUCCAUGCCACAAACGUGACGGGCGCGAGCCAGAAGGAUCCCUAUGAUGUGCUCGGCGUCGCGAGGGAUGCCAAGACGGCCGAUAUCAAGAAGGCGUACUAUGCGCUCGCGAAGAAGUGGCACCCAGACAGCAGCAAGGAGGAGAACGCGGCCGAGAAGUUCCACGAGAUCCAGUCCGCGUACGAUAUUCUCAGCGACGACAAGAAGCGCAAAGCGUACGACAUGUACGGCACGACUGGCGACUCUGAGUCGGACUUUGGACCCGGCGCAGGCGGUUUCGGGGGGUUCCAGGACUUUGGCGGCUUCGGCGGAGGCCGGGGCGGGCAGGCAAGUGACCUGUUCGAGCAGCUGUUCGGGGGCGCGUUCGGCCGUGGCCAGACGGGCGGCUUCAGCGGCGGUGGCCCCUUUGCGGGCGGCGCUGGGUUCCGCCAACGACCCGUGCGCGGAGACGACCUCGAGACGACGGUCAACAUCGACUUCAUCCAGGCGUGCGAGGGCACGGCGAAGCAGGUCACGGUCACGCCUGUCGUGGAGUGUAAGCCGUGCCAUGGCAGUGGCCUCAAGCCGGGGGAGAAGAAGGCGACCUGCGCCCAGUGCCGCGGCACGGGCCAGCAGGCCUUCCAGGUGCAGGGCAUGUUCAUGGCGAGCACUUGUCGGGCAUGCAAUGGCUCCGGCUCCACCAUCCCGCGCAGUGCGCGCUGCGACAGCUGCGACGGCGUCGGCCGCGUCAAGGAGCGCACGACGAUCGAUGUCGACAUCCCCGCCGGCAUCGAGGACGGCAUGAAGAUCAAAGUGCCCGGGGCGGGCGACGCGCCCUUGUCCUCAACAGGACCGAACGGCGACCUCUUCGUGCGCGUCAACGUCAAGCCCAGCUCCGUCUUCAGGAGACAGGGUACCAACAUCUUCCACGACGCCAAGGUGCCCCUCACGACCGCGCUGCUGGGCGGCAAGGUGCGCAUCCCGACGCUCGAGGGCGAUGUCGACGUCAAGAUCCGCGAGGGCACGCAGUAUGGCCAGGAGGCCGUGCUCAAGGGCCGCGGCGUCAAGUCGCUCUAUGGCCGGAAGGGCGAGCGCGGCGACCUCGUCGUGACGUGGAAGGUCCAGAUCCCCCGUGGUCUGACGGCCAAGCAGAAGAAGAUUCUCCAGGAGUUCGCAGACGACCUUGAUGGCAAGUCCGCCGGCUCGACCAACAGCAACAACGGUAACGGUGCGACAGGAUCAGGAAGAAACAGCGCUGAUACGAAGACGAAUAACCGUACCGACCGCGUUUGGGACACCGAGGACGUCGGUCGCGGCCCGCAGGGCCAGGGAGGCGUCGCCGACAAGGUUGCUGGCGCGCUUGGGUCCGCUGUUGGCUGGGCCGAGCGCCUUCUCCACCGUAACAAGGAGAACAGCUUUGAGGAUCAGGACAAGAAGGACGGCGGCAAGAAGUAA